UGUGUAGGCUUUCGUAGAGCAGUUGUGUCAUGGCCGUUUGUUCGGUUUGUGUAUUUUCGUCUGGUAGUCACUGGAUGACGUGAGUUUUGUCGCUCGAUUUCGUUGAACGGCUUCCUGGUCCGUUGCUCGAUUGUUACCUACUAGUUGUGACUUGGAUUAUUCUAUCUAUCACUGAAUGAGUAAAAUUCCUAAACGCCCUAGAGCAACCUAAUAUUGUGAUCUUCAACACGUCACUCGGGUAGUAAAAUCGUGACACAAAGAAGGUUUCCUCAAGUCAUCAAGCUGGAGAACGACGGCCGUGCAAUGAACGGACUUGGAGUCCGGGAGCUGUGCUGCCUCUUUUGUUGUCCUCCUUGGCCAUCAAGAAUCGCUGCCAAGUUGGCCUUUCUACCACCUGAGCCAACCUAUACAUUUGUGGAGGAGAAUGGAGCUAAGCAAGUUGUCUGUCUGUCAGAUCGAGCAGAGUGGCAAUACUCUGAAAGAGAAAAAGAAAAUCUGGAAGUAUUCUAUACUCGGACAUCAAGACAAAACAGGAUAGCCUGCAUGUUUAUCAGAUGUACACCAAAUGCCCGCUACACAAUUUUGUUCUCCCAUGGAAAUGCUGUCGAUUUGGGCCAAAUGAGUAGCUUUUACUUAGGUUUGGGAACAAGGAUCAAUUGUAACAUAUUCAGUUAUGACUAUGCUGGCUACGGUAUGAGCACAGGAAAGCCUUCAGAGAAAAACCUCUAUGCAGAUGUUGAUGCUGCAUGGCAUGCAUUGAGAACCAGAUAUGGGAUAUCACCGGAAAAUGUGAUUCUGUACGGCCAAAGUAUUGGAACCGUUCCCACCGUUGAUCUGGCAUCUCGAUAUGAAGUUGGCGCUGUCAUAUUGCAUUCUCCUCUAAUGUCCGGUAUGCGUGUCGCUUUUCCCAAGACGCAGCGCACCUGGUGCUUCGACGCGUUUCCAAGCAUUGACAAAGUCUCGAAAGUCACAUCACCUGUGCUGGUUAUCCAUGGGACAGAAGACGAAGUGAUUGAUUUCUCUCAUGGCCUCGCCAUUCACGACAAGUGCCCCAAAGCCGUAGAACCCUUGUGGGUCGAGGGCGCUGGUCACAAUGACGUUGAAUUGUACAGCCAAUAUUUGGACCGUCUGAAACAGUUUGUAUCUGUCGAAUUGGCCAAUUGACAGGUGUCUUUGGCCAUCGAUGGGAACAGUGACAGCACCACCUCCAACACGUCCACCGACGGUUGUCUCUGCCUAGUACCCGAAAGAGCCACUCCAAUAAAGAAAUCAAUGAACCCAACAGAAAAACUUCUCUAAACAUGGAGAAAACUUGAGAAGACAUUUAGGAUGCUGUUUUUCAACUCGUAUCUUCGACAUCUUCUUCCCCUCUCCGGAGUUUUUGUAUGAUCUAACAUUGCAACCGCUCUCAGUCAUUUUGUUAAUACCUUCUACCAAUGUUAGUGAACAAUUUACCGCUUUGAGACGAGCAAUCUCCCUGCAGUCGGCACUUCUCUGGGCUUGGUUGGUUACGGCUUUGGCGCGUGAGGCAUACCUAGUUGAACGCAGCUAUGGAGGCGGUAACGAAUAGAAGUGUUUUGGCGUUGCCGCCCAGCGAAUCUUGCAUCAACAUAGUUAACUUGCUAUUUCUGUAGGGCGUGUGCUGCUGUUCGCUGGCCAACGCCGAGAUCACGUCGCCCAAAGUGGAUAACGACUUGUUGAUAGAGGAAGCUUCUCGCAGUUGAUCGCCAGAUGAUCCCGAUUUGGCGAAUCGCUCGCUGCCGGCUAAAUCGAAAAACGGCUUACCAGCAGGGAGAACUUGUUGAACUGCUUUAAGCACCUCCAACCGUCCAGUCAACGUGGCCAGACGCUGGUCGACAAUGAGCAAUUGCCUUUUUAACGAUUCGAUAUCCGCUCCAGCUUUAUCACCGUCCACUCGCCUACCACUGGAAGAAAACGAAUAGGAUGAAUGAGACAAACGGAACAAACUGAUUCCGUCCGGCACAACGUGAACCGCCUGACACAUCACUGGAUGGAGGAACAUCCCCGUUCAAAUAGAGGCGACGGACUGGUAGUUUAGUGAUGCUCUUCAACUACUCUUGUAUAUCGCACGUACAACUCUGGGUAGCGAGUGGUAUGAAUACUGUAUGUACCCAUAUGUUCUUUUUACCUCCGUGUUGGCUUCCUCCACUGUCACGGAUGACUUGCAAUCUAUGCCGCAUGCCUCUCCGGCCGUGACGGUGAGACGGUCGACAUUGUUACCCGGGUGGAUCAACUUUGGCGGCUUCCGCAAACAGAAGCUUUGUAAGGGGGCGUUUCACUACACUACAUCUGCUGCCUACUUGGUAAUUUUCUUCCGAAAGGAGCUACACACCCUUUUGAUGUAUGCUGAUGAAGCACCUGCUGCUUUCUAAAUGCUUGGUUCAAGGUCCUAUCGAAUCAGUCUCCGCCCAUUGCCUUGCGCUCUUGUUCAUCAAUCUUUGACGAAACGAGAAAAAAAAAAUGUGUUCCACUCGAUGGAAUUGAAUCUUUUGCACAGUCAAAAGGAGAUAAAGAGAACAAGGCGAUCUGCCCAACUGAGCUAACUAUUUGUAUUCCUUUGAUUUCCUGUUUGCUUGACUAGUCUUUUCUCUUAUGUUUUCAGGGCUGAACCCCUGCAUCAGUUGAAGCUGAACGACAACCAGUAAAAAGAAAAA